GUAAUGGCAUGGCAGGUUGUUGGUAUUGAAGGGCAUAAUCCUAGUGGGCAUUGCUUAGUUGCAUCUAAAUUGGUAGAUUCUAUACCACCUACCUCUGUUGCUGAUGAUAAGGAUUUGAAUCCAGCAAAGAAGCUAGCUAUUGAUAAAAGUCAACCAAUUGAUAUUACUUCUAAAAAGACAGAGUUGUCCAUGAUUAUUGCAGCAGGCCCUUUUACAACAACAGACAAUUUAUUUUUUGAGCCCCUUGUAGAAUUUAGUGGCGAGAUACCGAAUUCUUUGGGAGGCCUCAAGAACCUGAAUUAUUUGCAGUUGAAUAAUAACAGCCUUACAGGACUGUGUCCUCAGUCUUUAAGCAACAUAGAAGGUUUAACACUUGUAGACCUCUCCUACAAUAAUCUGAGUGGUUCCUUGCCAAGAAUACCAGCAAGAACAUUAAAUUUAGUGCUUCAAACAAAUCAAGAGCUUGAUCAUGAUGAAAAGCUAAGUUUCCGACAUUAGAUGGGUUCACCUGUGGCCAAUUCUCCACCUAGUAGGUUUCUAAGCUAUUGAAUAUCCUUAAUGAUGUUGGUAUCUCUAGCUACCACCGCUUUGAUUUACACUAUUGAUUGUUAUUAUUAUUACCUUUAUUAUUUAAGCAUUUUGUACUUAUUAUUUUCGACUCCUCUGUCACUCUGUUUCGGAUUCACUCAUCACUAUCAUUGUUGAUUACUAGUGUCUGUGUGUGCUUAAUUAACAGAUAGGGUGAUAGCCGUCUACAGAGAUCAAAGGAUCAUUGGUGCAAACUGCAAAGUGAUAGAUGGCGAGGUCAUUUAAAAAGUGCAUGAUGCUUUGUUGUACCGGCAAGAUUUCCUCGGUAGGCUACUUAAUUAUUAUUACUCUUGAAAUCUUGAACAUGUUCUAUUUUUCAGCUUCCAAAAUCAUACUAUCAUAUCAUAUAUUAGCUUCUGUAUAAUAUAUACUAAUUGAUUGAAACAAUAGUCCUUCUUGUGCUUAAUAAUGCUCUUGUAGUACAUACAAUAAAA